UUUUACGAUGAUUUUCGUGUCUGCCCUUGCUGCUGCUGGCUGGAGGGCCUGUUGUGUAUUAUGCUGUGUGUACUUGGGGUUAGCUACCAUAGUAUUUUAUUAAUUUUUAAAAUAAAUAAAGGAAUGUUGGGUUUUCCUGAAUUAUUCUCUACCUAAAGACCAUUAACGAUGGAUUUGCUAAACCUCAUUGGACAGAUUAUUGUGGUGUUUGCUGUUGUUGAAAGUGUCAAAGUAAAACCGAUCCCGAAAAACUUAGCUAAUCAUGAAUUGAAACUACAUAGAGGGCGCUUGCUCGUAGACAAACACAAAGAUGCAGCAGAACAAAAAGGUUACACAACAUGGCUGAAAGACUCUUGUGUAAAUCUUAUUGGACUUCUCUCAACGAAAGAAAAAGUUAUAAAAAAAUUGAAUGCUGCAAUUGCUGACGUAAGGAUGAAGCAAGGAAUCGAGGAACCAGAGAGAGAAUUUCAAGUGCACACAUUUGAGAUAUUCCAAAAGGAGUUGAACGAGAGCGAAAACUCAAUAUUUAUGGCAAUAAAUUCACUGCGGAGAGACCUGCAGGGUGAUUACAAAGACCUUAUAAAUAUGAAAGAUAGCAGUCUUUUGAGGCUUGAGGCACUAAGGGAGGCUACCCUGAGGGAGGAGCAGGAGUUCAAUGACCUCCUAGCAGCUGAGAAGCACCAGAUUGAAUAUCAAGAACAUUUGAAACACCUUGGCAACGCCUCCUCUCCAUCCAAUCGGAGCAAAGUUGAUUUCAUCCUGGAUGAAAUCCUGGAGGAGGUUGCCAUAGCAGCAGAUAAACUUGAACACCGUAUCGAAGAGCAUGCCUUUGAUCAGUCAAAGCAGGUCCGAGGUGCAUUUAUUGAAGCAGUGGUCAGAUUGGACGAGAAUGGUAAGAAUGUAAACCGUUCGAAAGCACAAGCCAAUCAUCAAGAUGUUAUGAGUCUGUUAGUGGACACUAGUAAUAAUCAGUAUGUUCUGACCAAACCAAAGGACACAACUGUUCCUCAUGAAGACCAUCACUUCAUUCAGGACAUUUUAAUGCUGGUGAUAUUAGCCUUUGCUUGUGGUUGGCUUUGUAACUCUCUUCAUCUGCCUGCAAUGUUUGGCUAUAUCAUGGCAGGGGUUAUUCUGGGCUCAUCAGGCUUUGGAGCCAUUAAGGCUGUUGUUCAGGUAGAAACAUUAAGUGAAUUUGGGGCAUUUUUUAUACUAUUCUGUGUGGGGUUGGAAUUUUCACCAGAAAAGAUAAGGAAGGUAUUACAUGUUGCAGUAUGUGGUAGUUUGUCUAUGACCACCCUAAUGAUUUGCUUUGGCCUGGUGUUCGGUUAUUUUCUUCAUAUUGUCCCACGGCACAGCGUAUUCAUUGCAGCUUGUCUUUCUUUAUCCAGUACACCUCUGGUUGUCAAGUUUUUAGGCUCUGCUCAUAAACAUGGCAAAGCUGAAGCACUGAGAACUAAUUCUGAUAUCGAGGAUCCAGAUUACAGCUCUACAUUGCUAGGCAUCCUAGUGGUACAAGACGUCCAACUUGGACUACUUGUGGCAAUUCUUCCGGCCUUGGCAGGCGCUGAGAAGCCUCUGGAGGCUGGUGGCCACUCUCCUUCUUUUGCCUUGAAUCUGUUCCGUACACUUCUGUUGGUGUUUGAGCUUUUUGCAUCUUUAUGGACAGUGUUAAUGCUUAGUUUUUUCAUUAGUCGAUACUUAGUUUCACCCAUAUUUUACCGACUGAGAGGCGAAGCAAGCAAGGAACUACUUUUACUAGGUGUUGUAUCGCUGGCUUUUGUCAUGUUAAUGAUAACCAACUUAUUUGGAAUCUCCAUGGAGCUUGGCUGCUUCUUAGCUGGUGCAAUACUCAGCACUCAGGGACACUCAUUGGUGGAUGAGAUACAGCAUCUAGUCGAACCGCUCAAAGACUUCUUUGCUGCAUUAUUCUUUGCAUCUAUUGGAUUGCAUGUUUUUCCAACAUUUGUUCUUUAUGAGCUUAGUAUCCUGCUCAGUCUAACAUUUAUGGUAGUUAUAAUCAAGUGCCUGACUGGUGUAUUAGUCUUGGGAAUUCUCCUUCCCUCUACAAGUUCCAACAUUAAAUGGAUUGUAGCAUCAGGCCUUGCACAAGUCAGCGAGUUCUCUUUUGUGCUUGGUAGCAGGGCCAGGCGAUUAGGAAUCUUGUCUAGAGAGGUUUACUUGUUAAUACUAAGCAUAACCACCCUCAGUCUGCUCUUAGCACCUUUUCUGUGGCGCCUGUCGACAUACCGCUUCCGGCGUUCUCUACACCGUUCCAUUAUCGUACGCUAGUGUGGAUCAAGAUUAGCAAUACACCAUGUACAAUAGCUGCCGUAAGCUAUAGAAAAGCUUGUUUGCGGUGGCUUAUCUGGUUAAAUUCACUAUGAGUAUGUGCUCUGAACCUGGAUGACUUUGUCUUUUCUUGGUUUCAGCUGUCUUGAAUAGUACACCAUCUUUUCAGAGAAGGUGCAUGCUAAGUUUCUAGUACUGUGUACAAACCAUUAAGUGAGAAUUUUUUAUACCUUGUUUUUAGCAAACUUUUUUUUUAAAGAUCAUCGGAGGAGUUUCCUUAAGUCUAGUUUCCUUAAACUUGCUACACUGUUGCUACACUGUCGCUACAGUGUUUCCAGUGCAAUAGUUGUACUGUGUAGCAGUGUACCAGUGUUCCCCGAUUCAACCGACCAAUCAGCAUCACCAAAAUCUGUUGGUGAUAGGGUGUAGCAAAUGUAUGGAAACCAAGCUUGAUUUGAGCAAAUGGUUUUUCCAAAAAUAUCCAGAUGGAGCAGAAAGUAAAACUAAAAUUUUAUUGGUAAAUGUAAACAGUGUAAUAAUGAGGUUGAUAAAUGUUUUAAAUUUUUAUAAUUAAGGAAGAAAUAUUAUUUUUUGGGAGAUUUCAAUGCAACGGUGGGCCUAAUAAAAAAAAUUUUUAAAUCAACAUUAUUGGCAAUCAAUUCAAUAUAACAAGUUAUAAAACAUGUUGCCUUAUGUGUGCUGGUUGAGUUCUCCAUCAGAUUGCAUCCAUUCAUUCUUUUAUUUUUGUUACAGUGCAUGUCUCCCUCCAAUUAAAGACCACUUUUCUGUGGUCCCAAAUUUACAAAUGUCUUUUAUUUUUAUUAUUCUAAUUAGAGACCAAAAAUGCUAAAGACCAUGAAAUCCCCGGUUGUCAUAGUCUCAAGAUGCAUUGGCAGACUCAAGGGGAGCCCCUCCCCCCCCUAAUUUUUUUCAAAAUUAUGAAAAAAAUUGAAAAAAGAAAAAAACAUAUUAUACAAAUUUAAGACUGAGAGUGCCAUUUCCAGCCAUCUAGAGGUACUGUACCGUAAUCAUAAAUCUUCUUUCCUCAGCGCCAGCCAUGGUGGGGGUGAGGCGCUAUAGACCCUUCAUCUGUGAAACUCUCUCCCUGGGCCCCUUCAUUUCGAAAUCAUAUAUCCCCCACUGAGAUAUUUUCGUUUCCUUUUAUGUAAGCUGGCAAUGUGUUCCAAUUGACUUAUCUAUUUAAAGCAUUUAUUUUUCUUUACACCUUUGUAUACUGGAAUAGUGACAGCUCAGUCAACAUUAUAUAUUUCUAAAAACUGUAAAAAAGCAAUAAUGUCAUUCUAAAUAAUGAAAAUAGUGUGGAUUGAGGUAUUGUAGUAUUUGAAUUAUUUACACUUACUUGACAAGAGACAGAAUCAGAUACUUCCAAUUUUUUUUUUAUUGUUGCUGAAUAACUGUGCAAUACUGUUUUUUACAUACUGAAAUGUUUGGUUAUAUUUAGAUUUUAAAAAUAUUAAUAAACAAUUUCUAUGCAUAAUGUAUAAUUUGUUUUUCUAUGCUAUAUAAUAGUUUGAUUUUAUGACAUAAAAUAAUAAAUAGUCUUAUAAGUAUUAUAUCAAAAAUGUAUAUAAACAAAACAGCAUUUUAUGCGGUAUUGCACAUCUUCCAAUAAUUACUGUAAUCCAAUAAGAUCUAAAUCAAGUGUAGUAAUUCUGUCAGGCAUGCAUCCAGUGGGAUCCGUGCCUGACGUGCCCCCCGUUUUGUCACUGAAUUUUAAAAUCGCAAUGUAUAUCAAUGCUACUCGCUUAUCUAUUCUGAAAAUGUUGUGCCUCCCUUCACCCCUUCCCGUUUGAGAAUUUCUGGAUCUGCCCCUGUCUGUUAUGAUGAUAUGCAUACAUAUUAUAAUAAUUGUAACAUUCCGUAUUUUUUAUUUAUUAUGUAAAUUUUACUUAAAUAUAAUUAUAGAAUCUGUAAUGAAUUUGGCAACUGACUUAAUAAUAAAUUGUAUAUUUAAAACAUAACCUGGUAGAAUGACAUUUGAUGGGCUAUUAAAGUGAAUAACUCUGUUGUUGAAGAUACUUAAAAUAUUACAAGACCUUAAUUUAUACAGCAUUAGGCCAACAAAACAUGUCUGUCAUUGAGAUUUUUUCUUGACAUAAUUGUUUUGUCUACAGUGUCAAUCAAUCUUUACAACUCAGCAACAAGAACAUAUUAUUUAAUAGGCAUAUGGCCUCCAGGAAUAUGAGCAGCUCUUACAAACACGUUUACGUUGUGUGAUGCCUGUCAUUUAUAGGCAGCUUGAAGGAGGAAUAAUAGGUGUUUAUUCAUCCAUUUUUAUUUCAGAGUUUUAAAUCAAUAGAACAACAAAAAAAAAAAAAACAGAACAAGGCGAUCAAAAGCACAAGAAAAAGUAGAUAAACACAAUUUGCUGUAUCCACUGUACACAAAAGCAUUUCAAGUCAGUACAUGAUAUUCACAGUGUAUGGCACAAUACGCUGUGAUUUUCUAUAUACAUGGAUGUGAUGAGACAUGUUCAUGCCCAUUAUAUAGGUUUGAUAUGCUCAUACAGUUUCUAUAAAUAUUGCAAAAUGACAUAAUAUAGGCCUAUAUUGGUAAAUCACACACACUUGUGUGGAUUGGAACAUUGGUGUUAGAACUGUAUUAGAAUUUUUGUUUACCAAUAAUUAUUUAUUUAACUGUUUAUCUCAUGUAUAUUUAUGGAUGGUUCUACAUUAAGUACAACAUAUGUCAGAAUUUUAUUUUUUCUUUUUCAUUUAUUUAAAAAAAAUAAAGUUGUAUAUUGUAUCUUGCAACAUUGAUAGUCUUUAUCAAAUGUUUUAAUAGUUUUCCUAUUCAUAUUUUUUGUGGUUUAUGGUAUUGGUUUUAUUUUUUCAAGUAUGUUUAUAAUAUAGAUAUGGUAGAUAAGCCCUACUGUAUUAGGACAAACUAAGGUGUAGCGUGAUUUAAUUUGGUUUUACUUAAUAGUCCUAUGUAAUAUUCCAAUGCGGUUUUUACUUCAAAAUGUGCUAUUUUAGUUAUUUACAAUACCUCAUUACCUAGUAUAUAAUCGUGAAACAAGUAUAUAAAUAUGUGGGGUUUUUAUCCAACUAAUUUAUAAUUAGAACCUACUUGCAUUAGAUAUUUUUUAGGAAAGAUUGAAUUAUUGUGAUCUGCGUUUUCUGCAUUUCACAGACCAAGGAGUCAGAAAGUGAUAUCUGGUGUUAUAAAUUUAUUUGGCCUCAUA